AUGGCAGCUGAGUUAGUUAACGCUGCAACAAGCGACAAAUUAUCUGAAACCGAUUGGACAAAAAAUAUUGAAAUAUGUGAGUUGGUUGCACAUGAUAAAAGGCAAGCUAGAGAUGUUGUUAAAGCUAUCAAGAAGAAACUCGGAAGCAAACACCCAAACACUCAACUUUAUGCUGUCACGUUGCUGGAAAUGUUGAUGAACAAUACUGGAGAGCAUGUUCGUGAGCAGGUGAUUGAUAUCGGAAUUAUUCCUAUUCUUGUGAAAAUCGUGAAGAAAAAGUCUGAUUUGCCUGUGAGAGAGAGGAUAUUUCUCCUACUAGAUGCCACACAAUCAUCCCUUGGCGGUGCUUCUGGAAAAUUUCCUCAGUAUUAUCAUGCAUAUUAUGAUUUGGUGAAUGCCGGAGUGCAGUUUCCUCAAAGUGCUCAAGUGGUCGAAUCAAAUCAUGCUAGUUCACAACCUAGUAGGACUGGUAGUGAACCAAACAGGGAGCAGGCUUCACCUAGACAUGAAGUGGUUGUACCACAAGCAGAGUCUAAGACAGUUCCUGAAUCUAGCAUUAUUCAAAAGGCUGGUAAUGCAUUGGAAGUUUUGAAAGAAGUACUUGAUGCUGUUGAUGCUCAACAUCCUCAGGGAGCAAGUGAUGAAUUCACCCUUGACCUUGUAGAACAAUGUUCGUUUCAGAAGCAAAGGGUAAUGCAUCUUGUGAUGGCUUCUCGAGAUGAGAGGACAGUUUCUCGAGCAAUUGAACUAAAUGAACAGCUUCAGAAAGUUCUUGCAAGACACGAUGACCUUGUUUCUGGUAGAACUACAACGUCGGCUAAUGAACAGUUUCCAAAAGUUCUUCCAAGACGUGGUGAUCUUGUUUCUGGCAGAGUUACAACGAAUGCUAAUGAACAACUUCCAAAAGUUCAUCCAAAAUGCGAUGAUGCUGUAUCUGGCAGAGCUACAGCAACUGUUGCUACUCAUUUCGACCUCGAUGAAUCAGAGGAGGAAGAAGAGCCUGAACAGUUAGUAAGAAGAUUACGCAAAGGAAAGGCUUGUGCAAGACCUGAAGAUGAAGAAACUGAAACUGACAUCACUCGCAUGCGAAUGAAUGGGGAGAGACUAAACCGUCCUUUAAUACGGCCACUGUCCUCAGAGCCAUCUCGAGAAGCUUACAAUCCUGCUCCUCCACCGGCUUUAAUCCCUCUUCCACGUCCAAAACAGAAUGAUGAGCUUCCACUUCCUCACGUGGCGAUCCCACCACCACCUGCAAAACACGUUGAGAGGGAGAAAUUUUUUCAGGAAAACAAGGAUGCUUCUAAUCUAUCCGGCCACAUGAGAGGUCUCUCUUUACAUAGUCGUAACGGAAGCAGCUCUCGCAGUGGAAGCUUUGAUUUUAGAGACUGA